AUGUCUGUUUUCGUCCUGCGAGGAGCCCUCCGUGUAUGCCGACGCCAGACACUUAAAACUGCACUUCUACUCCACCACCCGCUCCCUCCAACAGGCAACCAGCCUGUUCGAACUUAUGCGUCGAAGAAGAACGUCAAAUCCACUGCUGACUUCGUUCCGGGCUCAAAACAACCCAUUACAGAUGAGGCUGCACGAGCUGAGUAUGAGAAAGCAGAAGAGAAGAUGAAGGCUGCCGUCGAGUGGUUCAGGAAAGAGUGUGCUGGCGUAGAGACGCGUGCAACUGGUCGCGUUACCCCCGCCGUCCUCGAUCCUGUUCGAGUGAAGCUGGACGGACGAGAGGUGAGGCUCGUUGAAGUUGCUACGGUUGGUGUGCGGGACGGGUCUACACUGCUGAUCACCAUUUUCGACGAACAAAACAUGAAACAAGUCGAAAAGGCGCUAUAUGACUCCAAAAUCCCAAAUAUCAUUCCGCAAAAGCAUGACGCCCGGACAAUAAAAAUUCCCAUACCGAAACCCACAGUGGAAUCCAAUCUGGCUUUGGUCACCGCCGCAAGCAAGCAAUCUGAGGAUGUACGCGUUCAAAUCCGUAAAGCUCACUCGACGAGCAUUAAACGCGGCAACUACAAAAAGCAUUCGAUUGAGCUGGAAGAGUUUCAAAAGCUAGUUGAUCGCCACAUUGCCGAAGUGGACAAGACUGUUGUGGAUCUGAAGAAAGCGACUAAUGUGGGCGGGAAGAAAAAGUAG